UUUUUAUUUAUUUUCCAGGUGGUAUAAUGUUUAUCUGUGGAAUAGCAACAGUUGGAGCUGCCUUCGUACCCGAAGGUAUAGCAGCGACGGUGCUGCUCAUCAUAUCUCUGUGCUCCGGUUGUGCUGCCUCCAUUCUCGCGGCCAUUGCUGUUGAUGUGUUCCCUACACAACUUAGGGCCAUGGCAAUGUGUGUGAUGUACAUGGUGGGUCGUACUGGUGCGGCGGUGGGCUCCAACUUCCUCGGAGCCACGCUGGAUCUGCACUGCCAUGAAGCCUUCACCGUCUUCGGGGUUUUUACUGCUGGUUCAACCAUAUUGAUGGUGUUCUGGCCAAACCCACAAAGCGUUCGGGAUGAAAUGGAAGCAAAAGGCUUCACCUACUAAUUCUAUGUUGUCAUAGAAUAACUUCCAAAAAGAGACUGAUAGAAGACAGUUUAUGCAUUUGUAAUAUUAUGAGGCAUUUAGAUUAUUAUUUUAUUUAAUAAAUGAAUUUAGAAAAUCACGGUA